AGUGGAGAUAGAAAUAAAAUUUGUGGUCAGCAGAGUCCUAUCACCUAGAAACAACCCAGUCCCCAGCAGCCCGGUCCUUUGUGGCCUUCCUUUUCCUUCCUGAAGGCAACUCUUCCUCGGAUUGCAAGUCACCGCGCCCCUGCCCGCAGCCACAUGUGCCCUGUCGCCACCACUCUCUGCUGCGCUGCUCGCGCUCCAGCUGCCACCCGUCCGCAUGAGUGACCUGCAGGAAGAAGGCAAAAAUGCCAUCAACACACCACUGUCCCCUGCCUUCGUGGAUGUUCACCCGGAAGACACCCAGCUAGAGGAGAAUGAGGAGCGCACGAUGAUCGACCCCACCUCCAAGGAUGACCCCAAAUUCAAGGAGCUGGUCAAGGUUCUCACGGACUGGGUCAGCGACGUCCUGGUGGAGGAGAGGAUCAUCGUGAAGCAGCUGGAGGAGGACCUCUACGAUGGCCAGGUGCUCCAGAAGCUCUUGGAAAAACUGGCCGGCUGCAAGCUGAAUGUGGCCGAGGUGACACAGUCUGAAAUAGGACAAAAACAGAAGCUGCAGACAGUGCUGGAAGCUGUGCACGGCCUGCUGCGGCCCCAUGGCUGGGCGCUCCAGUGGACCGUUGACUCAAUUCAUGGGAAGAACCUGGUGGCCAUCCUGCACCUGCUCGUGUCCCUGGCCAUGCACUUCAGGGCUCCGAUCCGCCUUCCUGAGCACGUCUCCGUCCAAGUGGUGGUCGUGCGGAAGCGGGAAGGCCUGCUGCACUCCAGCCAUGUCACGGAGGAGCUGACCACAACCACGGAGGCAAUGAUGGGCCGAUUUGAGCGGGACGCCUUCGACACCCUCUUCGACCACGCCCCGGACAAGCUCAGCGUGGUGAAGAAGUCGCUCAUCACAUUUGUGAACAAGCAACUAAAUAAGCUGAAUUUGGAGGUGACAGAGCUCGAGACCCAGUUUGCAGAUGGCGUGUACCUGGUUCUGCUCAUGGGCCUUCUGGAAGACUACUUUGUCCCCCUGCACAACUUCUACCUGACCCCGGACAGCUUUGAUCAGAGGGUGCACAACGUGUCGUUUGCCUUUGAGCUGAUGCUGGACGGAGGGCUCAGGAAACCCAAGGCUCGGCCCGAAGAUGUGGUGAACCUGGACCUCAAAUCCACCCUGAGGGUCCUGUACAACCUGUUCACCAAGUACAAGAAUGCGGAGUGACUGCAGGGAGCCGCAGAGGUGGUGGGACGGCCCGUGCUGCGUCCGGCAGGGAAGCCCCCCACCUCCCGGCCCACGGUCGUCCGCCCGCUCACCCGCCUGUUGUCCUGGUUGCUCUUGCCCUCCCCUCCAUGUGCUUCCGCAGUGGGUGGCAUGCUUUGAAAUGCGGGGCUCUGAACAGCAGUUCCCAUGUUGGAGGCCUUGCUCCCCAGUGCUGAGUCGGUUGCUUGAUCAGAAGAUGAACAAGAAAAAUGCUGAACGAACCGCUCAGCCCAUGGGAGGAGGCACCGUGCCUUCCAGUGGAUGGAGCAGUUAGUAGUCACCGGUGAUCAGCACAGGACCCUCAGCUUUGCCAGAGCAGUGACCUAGCUCUCCUGCUCUGGGGGAACCUCCCGGAUGGCACCCCUCAAAGCCUUUUUGGUAAAAAGCAUUUUGCAGUUUUACAAACUUCUCUCUGUGGCCCCAGAUGCUUUUGAUGCGAUGAAGAGUGCCCACCCCGUGGUCCCGCUUCUUGGCCGCUAGGUGUUGUUUACGUCUAGCUUCUGCAUGCACGUCAGAGACCCUGGCGGCCCAGCUGCCCAGGAAGGAUUUGCUGAAGCACCUCCUUCUGUCUUGCUGUGGCGAAGUGGGCUGGCUCAAGAGCCUUAGACCACUCGGCCCCAAGUUGCCAUCCCAGAGGCCCUGUUUGAGGAUGAAUGGAUUUUUAAAACCUUUCAAAGAGCAGAGAAUGUCAGUUUGCCUGGACUGCAGGCUGGGGGAUCUGGACAACAGAAAUUCAUGUUCUCCCAGUCCUGGGGGCUGGAGGGCCAAGGUGGAGGUAUUGGCGGGUCCUUCUGAGCCCCUCUCCCGGGCUUGCAGACACGCCUCCCCCCUGCGCCCAGCGCUCUGGGGGAGUCCAUGUCCCCAUCUCCUCUUCUUAUAAGGACACCAGUCAUAUUGCACUAAAGGCCCACUCCAGUGACCUUGUUUUAACUUCAUUACUUCUAUGAAGACCCCAUCUCCAAAUGCAGUGACAUUCUGAGGUGUGCAGGGUUAGAACUUCAGCACGUGGAUUCUGGGGAUGACACGGUCAACCCAUGACAGGAAACAUGAAGUGUCCAUCUCCCUGCUGGGGGUGGUGCUUUCUGGAGCCCUGUCAGCAGCUCCCACUGGGAGGCCCGGAAAAGGAAAUGGGGAGCACUCAUUGUGUGCCUGUCAUCCUUUGCUCACCAUGAGGCAUCCGUCUGCUGGGUCACCCCCUACACCCCUUUCUCUAACUCCCGAGUGGGGUCUGUGAUGCACCAACCCCCCACCCCUGCCUGGAGCCCCCUGCAAACCCGCCUCCUUAUUGACGUUCCCUGCCUGCUGCUGUGGCAAGGUGGGCCUUCCUAAUGCCUUUGACUUUCGCCUUCCUGCUAUAGAUCAGAGCUGUUGAGUCAGUUGUUAAUAUUAAAUUGAAUGCCAAUGCUCAAGAUUUAGAAAACAGUUUAAUAUUCUGUCUCGGCUCCGGCUGCUGCCAGGCUGGGGUUGGGUUCAGAAUAGCUGUCUUGAUGGAGGUGGUUUCCCAGCAGGGGAAAGAAAUAAUUAAAACAGUAUUACAGUGUCUCCUGCGGGAUGCAGUGACAUUAAAGAACCGCAUUGAAGAAAUAGCCGAGGCUGGGACGUUCUGUGCCGCCUUCAUUACACGCAUAGAAUCACAGCCAUCUGGAGCCGUGGCGGCCAAUCCACCUGCCUUGUUCACAGGUGGGCUCGGCGAGGGUGUCACUGAUCUCUAGGGACUGAGGAGGGGAAUGAAAGAGGCGAGAUGGGGCUUUGGAAAUAACACAGCCGCGGGGUUCUCAGCCCAGGGGUCAGCUCCUGCCCGUGGUCCCUGCCGUGGGCGGAGGACGGGGGCUCUGGGAGGUGGGGUGGGGGCUCGGAUUCCCGGGCAGCGAGCCCACUUCAAGCCUUCUGUUUCUAACAGGGAGGUAAUAGUGGCCUCGCAGUGCUGACCACUCAAGGCUGAGUUUCCGGCAAGGCUGCAAUCUCCUCUCCAUUUACUUUUCACCAAGUUGGUUCAGAGGUGUAGGUGUGCCUCCCGCGCCCCUGUGUGGGGCCGCCUUGCUCGCACGCAGCCCAUGACUCCCCGUUCACGGUCCAGCUAGAAUCAGAAUUCCUGGGAGGCUGGGGCAUCUUGUUAGGGUAACUUGAACAGCAGAAACAACUUAAUUCCAGAAAAUUCUGGAACCCUUCUUCUUCACUCAACCCACAUCCUCAGGGAAUUGUUUGUCUCGGAGAGGGACCCUCAUCAGCGGGAACUAAAUGAAAGCGACAUCGUUUGCAGCUGGGCACAUGGGCGUCUCGGGGUCCACAAGGCCUCGGUGGGGUGUUCCAACCACAGGGGUUAGACCAGCCCUGAGCCCAGAACCCCACACACAGACAUCCUACCUGGAUGUGACAAAGAGCCGCGUCCUUUUAAAGCAACUGAAUCUUCUGCACCCUCUUGGUGUGCCAGUAUUUUAUUGUCUUUUUAAUCAUUUUAAGCAAUGUUUACUUUGGAUUUCUGGAUAUUAAAUAAAAGCCACUAAAACCUGGCCAUGGUGUUGACCUUGCCCGCCCAGCUGACAGUGGGAAGCUGAUCCUUUCUCUGUGUGCUCUGGGCCAGCUCACUGUGCUACCAACCAAACGUCACCUAAGCCAGACACCCAAACUAGGAAAACUCUGUGUACUGUUAUUUAUUCCAAUAAAGAAUUUGUGGGCACGGGCGCUGUCCACUGCCUCA